UGCGGCAGAUGUUAAAAUAUUUGUUGCUGUUAAACAUACUGUUGAUUAACAGGUCACACUGUCACCACGAGUAGGAAAAGAAACAAUCCGACUUUUUGUUGCACAUGCAAAAAUAAUUAAGUGUUUGUGCUAGCGCUAACAAUUUAUAUACUGCAUUUUAAUACUUGUGCGUGUGCGGGUGGCGCAAGCAGGCAGCAACAGUGUUAAUUAGAGCAGCAGGCGACGCGACAAAAGUGUAGUGGAAAAAGUUGCUUGCAGAAUUCGUCGUGUCAUUAAGAAAAAAGCAAAAAAAAAAAGAAAAAGAAGAGUGCCGCGGCAAGUGAAACACGACUCAUUUAUUGGCAGCAGCCGCCCGUCGCACUGUCGAAAGGCCGCCCGCACGCAUAAAAACAUGAUAGAUUUGCUACAAAACUGAUUCAUCUUGGGCGAACUAUUAAAGUAAAAACUUCAAUGUUUGGCGUUUGUAGUGUUCAUGUGCUGUGCAUAUCCUGAGAUUCGUCCAGAAACACUACCAGUCCAAGUGCGUCGACAGUCGUCAGCGUUGUCACCUGCGUUGCAAGCGUAGCGCAGUCGUUCCAAUUAUGGCGCAGCAGACGCAGCCGGUUGCUCAGCAGCAGCAACAACCGCCGCAGCAGCAACAACCGCCGCCAGCAGCAGCAACGCCAGUGUCCACACCAACAACGCCGCAGCCUCAGCCGCCGCCCCACAAUAAUAACAACAACAACACUGUUGUGUCGCCAUCCAACAACAAUAACAACAACAGCGUACUCACACAAGUACCUGUGUACAAUCAACAGCCACAGGGGCUUUACAUGCCAACCGCCCAUGGAGGGCCUCAUCCGCACAUGUCUCAAGGCGCACCUGUGUUCCAUCCUUCGAUUAUACCAGCGCCCAUACCCGGCAAUGUUUAUGUGAACAACGUGACCGCCAAUGUGAAUCUACACGGCUGGCCACACUACAUCUCGGGAAACGGAGCACCGUCCCACUACGUGGGUGCACAUUGUGAACUGCCGCCGGAGCAGGGUAAUCCGCUAAUGCAGCAACUGCCGCCAAUUCCGAUGCAUCAGGGUAAUCCCAAUGGUCACAUUUCGUCCGGCAUGGGUGGACGUGGUCGUGGACGUGGCCGUACACGCGGCGGCGGUGGACAGCGUCGCAAUGAUUACCAUGGACAACGACACAUGCAACAACAGCAACUGCAGCUGCAGCUGCAGCCACAGCAACAGCUGCAACCAGAUGGUGCCAGCCCGUCGCAGAGUGUCAUGCAAAUGCAGCCAGAUCAGAUGGGUCAGCAAUUGGCACAGCAACCGCCACCAGAGGGACAAUUGCCACCAAUGUCCUAUUACACGCCACAAGCGUAUCCUGCCUAUGCUGGCUAUCAAACUGCCUACUUUGCUUCGCAUCAUGGUCCAAUUCAAACGCCACCGAAUGCGGCCGCUGCUGCCCAACAGGCCACAGGACCUCCUCUGUAUAUUUCACCAAUGCCAAUGUACAAUGGUGCACCAAUGUUCAACUACAUGGGCGGAUGUAUAUAUCAGCCGGUGCUGACCCCGUCCGAGUACCAAACAAUGGCGGAGUAUGGUGGACAAGGCCAGGCUGGCGUUGUUGAUGAGCGUCAGGCACAGGAGAUGCCACAAUUGUGGCAUCAGGCACCCAUGUAUGCAGAAGAGUAUCAAGAGGUGACACAUGUGAAUGGCGACGAACUGAAUCAUAAUAGCUCUUCGCUGGCCUCCUCCGAAACGUCCAGCAUGUUGAGUCCCAACUAUACCAUCUAUGAUGCCCAGCAAAUGCAUGAGAUGCAACAGCAAAUGGGUGUCAUGCAGAUCUAUGACGAUGGCCAGCUAGCCCCACUACAGGCCAUGCAUCCAGUUGCCGGCCCAGUGCCACAGUAUGAGGAUGAGCUGACAGAAUGUGGUGCUGCACCAGUUGGUGCCAUACCUAUCACCUGGACAGAUGCACCGCCAACUAUGCUUGUCCAGGCACCAUCUCCACAUCAUAUCAUUCAACAGCAGCCACAAGCUCCUCAGCCAUCAGUUUGCAUCGAACAACAGCAGCUGCCUCCUCAUCCUCCUCAAGCGGAGACACCAACGCCACAGGAGCCCUUGGUUGAUAAAACGCUGGUCAGCAACAACAACAACAAGAGCAACAACUCCAACUGCGAGACGAUUUUGGAUGAAACUUUGAUUGCCAGCAGCGAGAAGCAGCAGCAACUGGAGCUGGAAUAUCAGCAGCAGCAACAACAACAGCAGCAGCAACAACAACAGCAACAGUCAUCCAAUUUGGUUGUUACCGUUGCCACUGUAGCGCCACAGCAACAGCAACCGUCUGUCGCUGCAGCAAUUGCACCUGCACCACAACAACAUCAGCAACAACAAACUUCACCAGUUGUGCUGCAGCAACAACAGCAACAGCCUCAGCAACAACCUGCUCAACAACAGCAAACACAGCCAGCACACACGUCUAGCUACAAUGAGCAAAAUGCACCGCAGCAACUUGGCCAUCAGCAGCCACAGCAGCAACAACCGCCACAGCAGCAGCAACGUAAGCCGCCUCAGCAGCAAUACAACAAUAAUUCACAACAACAAGUGCGUCGCAAAUACUCCUCGGAGUACAGUCAUCAGCAGCACCACCAUCACCACCAUCAGGGCAGCAAUGACACCGCCAUACAAACCACCAAAACAAUGUCCUGGACAAACUCCGCACAGCAUAAGAAAUCCACGCAGUCGGUGGCGGUGACAGCCUCACCGAAUACUGUGAACAAUGGCGGUGCUGCAACGGCUGCCACAGCUGCAGCAGCAGCAGCAGCACCACCAGCCGCUGGUGGUGCAAGCAGCGGCUUUAAUAAGUCAUCGAGUGGCUCCAGUGGCGGUGGUUAUAGUCAUCCCACCAAGACAUAUACAAAUCAGCAGCACUACCAGCAACAGCAGCAACACUACCAUACCAACUACAACAAUAACAAUAACAGCAACAACAGUAAUAACAAUAACAGUAAUAACAGCAGCAGCAACAGCAACAGUAACAACAACAAUCAGCCACAAAUGCGCACAUACGGCACAAUGAAAGUGCCCUCAUCGCCGGUGGCAAUCACAGCUCCGCCGCUGGAGCGCAAAAUUAGUGGUCAACAGCAGCAGCAACAACAACAGAGCAGCAGCAAUGCAGCAACAACAACAACUACCUCAACGGCAAGCAUCACAGCAACGCCACAGCAGAUACAGCAACAGACGUCCAUUGAAAGUCAGUCCAAUAGCACAAAGAAUGCGUCAGUGCUGCCCCAACAACAACAGCAACAACAGUCGCAACAACAGCAACCACAACAACCACCGCAGCAGCAACAACAACAGCAACAACCACAACAUGCUGGCAAGUCAUAUGUGCAAAAGAACAAGCAUGCCACACACAACUUCAGCAGCGAAUCCACAUCCUUCAGUGCAGCAGCAUCCGCUGUGCCUGCACAGCCAGCUCUCAAUUUGGCGCCACCAGCACCGCCAGCAUCGCAGAGCAGCAGCAGUGGCGACAGUGGACAACCCUCGUGGGCUAGUCUAUUUUCAAGCAACAAGCCUGUGGCUAAAGUGGCGCCCUACGAGGGCAACAAGUCCCAGCAACAACAACAGCAGCAGCAGCAGCAGCAACCACAUCAGCAACAACAAUUGCAACAGGCGCCAACGCAGCAGCAAUCACAUCAAUUGCCCGCACAGCAACAACAAUCACAGCAGCAACAAUUGCCAGUAGCUACGCCUAGCUUGCAACAUAGUCAGCCCAGCGUGCAUCAGCAAUUGCAAUCGCCAACACCAGUGCCAGCGCCAACUGUACCGCUUGUUACACCCGGCACACUCUCCUAUUCAGCUGCCUCGGCACAGGCUGUGCCACCAGUCGCUGUGUCUCCCGCCUCGGCGGCUAUCAAGCCGCUGAAAGCGGAGCCAACGCGUGCCGCACAAUUGGAUGAGUGGACCAAUAAAUAUGCCGAGUUUCUAACACGUCACAAAACCAACCUGACGCCCAUCAGUCUGCGGCCACGUGGCUUGACCAAUCGUUCCAACUAUUGUUAUAUUAACUCGAUACUUCAGGCACUGCUCGGUUGCUCGCCAUUUUACAAUCUGUUGAGGUCCAUACCCAAGCAGGCGGCGGUAAUGAGCGAGGUGAAGACACCCACCGUGAAUGCCAUGAUGUCCUUUAUGACAAAUUUCUCAUCGCUGCCCGGCGGCUCUCGCUUGCGUUUGAACAACAACAAAGCUGCACAGAUUAAGGGCAAGGAUGAGUUUGCUGGCGUCGAUCUGCAGUGCGAAUCGGCCUUUGAGCCCACCGAAAUAUACAAGUUGUGGAACGACAGUCGCGAGGAGCAUGUGGAGGGCAGACAGGAGGAUGCCGAAGAGUUUUUGGGUUAUGUGUUGAAUAAACUCAACGAUGAGAUGCUGGAAGUAAUUAAGCUGAUUGCCAAGCCAAGUGCUCAACAGAACGGCGAGGAGCAGGAACAAGAGCAGGAAGAUGGCGGCGAUGUCUGGCAGAUGAUCUGCAACAAUCGCAACAAGGGCAGCGUUACACGCCAAACAGACUUUGGACGCACUCCGCUAAGCGACAUCUUUCGAGGUGAAUUGCGUUCGCGUCUGCAACGCGAGGGUGAACACUCCACGGAUGUUAUACAGCCAUUCUUCACGCUGCAACUGAAUAUUGAAAAAGCCGCUUCUGUGAAGGAAGCUUUGGAGAUACUUGUAGGACGAGAUCAACUUGAGGGCGUCACUGGCAGCAAGACCAAACAGGAAGUGGUCGCAUGGCAACAAAUGACACUGGAGAAGUUGCCCGUUGUGCUGAUAUUGCAUUUAAAAUACUUUGACUAUAGAUCCGAUGGCUGCACAAAAAUCCUGAAGAAGGUUGAAUUCCCUGUGGAGCUCAAAAUCGAUGCCAAGAUACUUGGUUCUAAGAAGACCUCGCAAAAGCAGCGGGCCUAUCGCUUAUUUGCCGUGGUCUACCACGACGGCAAGGAGGCCUCAAAGGGCCAUUAUAUAACGGACGUGUUCCACACUGGCUACAAUUGCUGGCUGCGCUAUGACGAUAGCUCGGUAAAACCGAUCGGCGAGAAGCAAGUGUUGCAGCCGCACACGCCGCGUGUGCCUUAUCUACUCUACUAUCGCCGUUUCGAUACCCUGCCACAAACGCAGGCCAGCAAUGGCGGCGGUGCCUCAGUGGGCACCUCCAAUAGUCAUGCGUCGUCAGGUGGUGCGUCCAACACAGCAGCUGCAAACUCGGCGAAUAAUAAAUGAAACUAAGUUGUCAACAAUUGUAUGGCAUAACAAAGUAUAUUAGGCGUGCCACAGUUUGGUUUUCUAUGCAUAUACAAUUUAACAAUUAUAUAUUAUAUAUUUAAAUGCCUAUAUGUAAGCCCAAAGUCCAAAGCGCAUGUAAGUGUGAAUGGUAGUUGUAUAUGUGUGCUGUAUGCGUGUGUGUGUGUGGGUGUGUGUCGUUGUAAGUUUAAAAUAAAUACAAAACUCCUAGCUAUAAGCAUUAGCCGUAGCAUUAAGUUGAUAACAGUUUAGUUGUGCGACAAAGCAUAAAAAAAAAAUAUAUACAAACAAACAAUUCGUUGAAACGAAAUCUUUGUACAAAGGUACCGCAUGAGUUAACUAAACAGCGAGCAAAUUAUCAUAUACAUAAAUAAAUAUAAAACUAGUUGCUAUUAGUUAAACCUGCCAAUAUAUCAGCAUGCCCAAUUUUCCACAAAAAAAAACAAUUUUUCUAUAAUAUAUGGCACAAACUGCAGCCGUGCAUUAUAAACACAUAAAUAGUUAGUAGACCUCUUCUAUAUGACAAACAUUUAGAGCUCUAUAUGUACAUACAAUAGAUAUACAUAUACGAUAUAUAUAUAUUUAUAGUGUAACUAUAGGAAUUUGAUUUCUUUUGUAAUUGUUUAUGGCAUGCAAAAUGCAUUUAGGCGCCAGAGCAAACGAUCAGCCGUUUAUCGAGUAUAAAUCACAAUAUAUAUUGAAAUGCUUUGAAUAUGCUUUAAAAAACAAACAAACAAAUUAACAAACCUUUUGUAUUCAAUACAAGACAAAAAAAAACAACAAUGGAAUACGUAGGCAUUAUUUUGUGUAUAAGUCGAAAUAAGUUAACAACAACAAAACUAUAAUAAAACCACACACAUUUAAGAAGUUAUCGCGUUCAUUUCAUAAUUUAUUUCGUUUGUUGCUUAGUUUAAAUCACAUACAAUCAUUUAUAUCACAUAUUUACUUUUAUUUCUUUUCACAUUGAUUUUGUACCUUUAAUGAUAUUUUAGUGUCACUUGCGUCAAACUGCUAAAUCGGUCUACACGUUAAUAAAUUGAUAAAUAUUAAAAUUUUUUUAUAAGUAAAAUUAUUUAAUAUGUAAAUUAACUUAUCAAGUUUCAUGUUUCGUAAACAACUACAACUAAUCAAUUUUCUAGUUGUUGCAUCAGCAAAUUACAUAAAUACUUGCAUAUUUUAAUUUUUAACGCAUACACUUACAAUAGCUAUAAAUAACGUGCCAAUGUUAAAAUUCGAUAAAAGUAAACAACAAUAAAAUACAAAAAUAUAUGAAUUCUGUGUCACAUAAGUAAUAACACACGAUUUUGAUACAUUUCGUAGUCAGUGACAAAUUUAAGGAAUAUGUUGGUUAACAAAAAAAAAAUAGUUACGAAAAUUUGUUAAUUAAGUUUUGUAUUUGGUAAUAUUAAAUAUACUUACGAGAAAAUCUAUGAAAACUAUAGGAAAUGUGCUGUAAAUUGCUGGACUACGAUAUAACUCCUUACAUCUGAAAGUAACCUUUAUUUGUUAUCCCCAUUUCUGCUUUGAAUACUUAACCUAAAUAAGGAAAAUUCUUUGACAAAAUAUUUGCCAAAGUUUAAUUUCGAGUAUUCUUCAGAAAAUGUUUUGUUUAUACCUACUAAGAAUGUUAAUUAGAAAUUUCUCGAAAGCCAAGUCAAGAUGUCAGCGCAUUGAAUGUAAAAAAAAAAAAACAAAAACAGCAAGAGAACUUGAAAUAUUCAAGUAUUUAGUAGUAAUAUAUUAUAUAAUGAUACAUAUAUUAUAUAUUAUGUAUGUAUUUAGAAACCAGUAAUAUAUGUUUUGAUGUUACACAUAUAUAUGAAUUAUUUGUAAGCCAAAUUAUAGCAAAACAUUUUUUUCUAUAGAAAUUUUACAGCGUCUGCGCUUUGCUAGUUACAAAUAGGUUCCUAAACUUGCGAGGAAAAUUACACCACAACAAACAUAAACAAGAACUUUAUUAAAUAUUGAUAAAGAGAAAACAAACGAAAAUUACAAUGCAUAGUGAAGUAAUGAAAAACAAAAGCAAAAACAAUAAUAUUAGUACUUGUAGUUUAAAGCCAAGCUAACAACAUAUUAAAUGUAAACAAUAUUAUACAUACACAUACAUAUAAAUUAAAUUUAUACAAAAAAAAAAAACAAAAAAAGGAAACUAACGUAAAAAUCAAAAGAAAAUAUGAGGAAUUUCAUUUUCAUACAAGUAUACACAUACAACAUAUAUAUUUUUUCAAGCGAAAUUAACAUGUUCAACAUACAUCGCAUCUAAAAUAUGAAAAAUUAUAAAAUAGUAACCAAAACUAAAGACGUAAUAGUUUUACAUUUUUUGACAUAAAAGUUGUUUUAUAUAUUAAUGGAAUACUCUAGAAUGAAGCCAAUGUAAAUUCAUAUUAAUUAUUACAUUAUUAUUUUUUUUUGAUAUAGGCAUUAAAAUUUCUCUCCAUUAUUUUAUAAUCAGUUCACAUAUUUAAUAUUUUUUAGCUUGUGUUUUUUUUUCGAAUUUUUGUUGCAUUCUCUUUUAAUAUUAUUUUGCUUUUGGCGCUAGGGCGACUCGUUUUUGCCUUGAUUCAUGUUUUAGUUCUUAAGUAGUUUCUAAGGCUGUGUAACUAACUAAAUACAUACAUAUACAUAUUCUACUAUAAGCAAAACAAAAUUUAACAUUGUUUAAGCCGGAAUAAGUACAGAAAUCAGAACUUCUUGUGUUGACUUUGCCUAACGAUUAUUGUUUACUUAUGAUUUCCUGUUAUUGAGCUAAAUGUUGUGACUCUAGAAAGAAUGAAAGUGAAAGUAAAGUAAAAGUAAUGAGAAUUGGCAAGUGCACUUACUAAGCGUAUAAUCAAAGUACGAUAAAACCAUUAAGAUAUACAAA